AGGAGGCAGCCUGGACUCGGACUCCUCUCUUCUUCCUCUUUCUCCUGGGUUUCAUCUGAGUCACUCUGAGUGUUUUCUCAGCUUUCACGCACGUUUCCCGGCAUGUCACUGACAGAUGGAGCUCAUUUCAGCGCACUCACAGCUCCGUGAGCCACCACGGGACUAGACAGAGUGGACGUUAAUUUACCAAAAAGGUUUAACAUCUGAUGACCUGAAACUUCUGUGAGUACUAAGUUUAAACUUUUUUGUGUAUAACUGUAGAUAUCUGAGGUUUUCUAAUAUUCAGGUAGAUUUUUUCUGAGUUAAAGUGACUUAAAUGAAUCUGCAAGACUGGAUAAGACUGUUUUUAACAUUUACAGUUACAUUUUGUGUCGUCAUGAUUGAGCUUGAAACUGGAAAAAAAAACUUGUGAACUUCUUUCAUUCAUUCAGCUGCUUUUACACAAACCUGAGAGACAAUUGCUCCCAGACGAAGUGAAGUGCAGCUGUUUUGAGUUAAACUCAAAGAGCAAACAGGGUCAGAGGGCAAACCUUAAUAUCUUUUUAUUGAAACAAUAUGCUUUUCUUAAGACGGAGAGAAUCUGCCUGUUUUUUGUUUCCUGGAGCUCUUCUGUGUGGAGGAAACUUUACAAAACUUUGCUUGUGGUACAUAAAGUUUUCAAUAACAUGCAGAUCGAUGCGAUGGCUGUCUGCAUGCAAAACAUGUAAGAACAGGCAAACAUUUAUGUUCUGUUGGUCAUGUCUGGGAUUUUAGAUUUGUUUCUUUCAAGAUUUACAGUCCAGUCGUUCUCUGACAUAUGAGAAAUCCCAAUAUGUUGUUGGAGCUGGGAGAUACUGGUCCUGUGGUAGAGUGGGUCAUCAGUCAUUAGAGGGUUGUGGUUUGGUCCCACAUCCUACAGUCACAUGUUGAAGUACCUUUGGUCAAGACUCUGAGCUCCAAUGGUAUGAGAAUGGAUCAGUCAGAGCUGAUGGAGAAUUUACAUGAAGCUCCAGAAAACAUCAGAUUCUGGGUUGAAAUGCCCCCCUGCUCACCUCUCUAGUCUGUGAAGUUAUGGUGGCCUUUUGGGGACAAGAAGCUCCUGUGAUGCAUGACGACAAACCUCCUCUUUCUCUUGAAACUUUAUUUAACCAGAAAAAAACCUUGUUGAGAUAUAAAAAAAAAAAAUCUAAUUUGCAAGAGUGUCCUGGCCAAGACAGGCAGCAGUACUUUAACAAAGUUACAGACAUAUACAGACAAUAACCAGGUCAGUCGAAGUCGCAGAGCAGAUCAUUUUCAGUCAAAGCACUUACAGCCUGCUUCAUCUUCCUCUAGGGCCUUUACUCUACAUUAAAAAAGAUUUAGAGAGACCAGCUCUAUCUAGCAGCAUAUCUGAAACUUAUUUUGCUCAUUCCAAGACGAACUUUGGGGACAGAAAGCAGAAGUAGAUUUUGAGUCUGAGUCGCAGGACGAAGGCUCGAGCUUCCAGAACUUUUAUCAUGAAUACAGUUACUGAAGUUUGGUUGAAGCAGGCCAAGUGUAGCCUUGUAAAUGAGGGUGUGCCAAUGGUUCAGUCUAGUUAGAGAGGGCCAUCCAACUUGUUCAUACAGGGUACAAUGAUGAGAUAAAGCCUUGAGGUUUGUUAUGAACCUCAGAGCUCUGUGAUAAACAGUAUUCAACGAUUUAAGGCUUGGAGCAGAUGCAUGCAUGUAUAAAACAUAUAAAACAUCACCAUAAUCAAUCAGAGACAUGUAAGUAGCAGCAACAAGACGCUUCUUCUUCUUCAUGUUCGUUUUUGUGCAGCUCACUGAAAACAAAAAUGUGCAUUUUAAGUUUGUUCGUUUUGAGCUACUAUAGAAGGACAUUCUGAUAUAACACCUUCGAUUUCACUCAACAAAUACAAACAUAUCUUUUAAUUUCUGCCUUGUCUGUUCUGGUAAAAAGCCACACACUGUACCUUUAAAUGGGAUUAUAUCUGUUGUAAAUUAGGUAAGAGCAUGUGUGGAGUGAAGAGGGGCAGAGGCCUGAAUACUUGACACCCACAGUGGGGGUAUCUUAUGGCUCUGUUUUGCAGUGAGGCACAAUUUGCUGCAUGUUUUCGGUCCACUCAGAGGACAGGGUCAAUCUAUACACCUUAAUAACUUAAUACAGCGCUGUUAUGAUCGACCACCUGUCUCUGAAUCCCAUCUGGAUCUGAUGUUUGACAGAACUUGAAACUAGACAUGCGAUGAGCGAGUGUCGGUGCAAAACCAGGAUUGCUGUUUGGAUGUCCCGUCUUAGUCUGGUGUUAUCUUGAUCAACAAAGUGGAGAUUAUUCUGAGUUAGCGUCCGUAUCUGUGACUGAAAUGAUGUGAUUGAACUGAUAUUACUGCUUAUUCGGUUCACUUACAGGAUGUUAGAAAAUACUUUAAAUCUCUGCAGUCAUGCUGUCAGGAGGAGGGGGCGUCACGCCGACUCCCUCCCUUCACAUACAGACCUUUAAGUGUCGGAUAAACUCGGUCUGCAGGUCAAGAGGCUUUUGUCGGUCUGAUAAUGGCCUCCAUUGAAGUCGCUGAUCGUUACAAUAAGAGUUGAGAAAGUGUGUUAGGAGCAGAGGGAGUAUCGUGUUUCUGCAAAAAUCUAAAGUGACAAAUGACAGCAUUUCCUCACACUUGUUCAUGCUCACCUUUAGACGUGUUUCAGAUAAGAAGGGAGUGUUUCUGAAGUGACAGAGUUAUCCUCCAGAGUUACACUAAUCACCUUCAUAAAACUGUCAUUAAUACUGAUAUGAAUGUCAAAGGGUGUCCUUGUUUGUAGGGAGUUACCAGCGCGACAUUUGAAUGAACUUUGAUGUUGUCUUUUCUUGUUCUUUAUUUCUGUCUGUUUUGGUGUGAAGCAAACUCAUCUGAGCAGGAUAAUGAGGGACUAAAGAGGUCGAAGAGAUCUUACUGGUGUGAUUUUAAAAGAAUAAGGUGAUAAAAAGUUAUAAGAAGUUAAAGUGUCAGCAUAUAGUUGUUGUUUUGUUGUUUUAAUGCCCAGAACAGAGAGAUUAACUGUACUGAAGAGCUAAAACUCCCUUACCUGACCUUAAGUGAUACUCAAAUAUUAAUUGUGAGGAUUUUUUUUGCAGUAGGAUAGAAAUGAAAAAGGACUUAUCUUGAUUUUGUUUAGGAUCUUGCAUAUUUGUGUUAUUUCCUAAGGCUUCAUCUCUUUACAAACGCAGAAACUUGUUUUAUUAGAAAAUGAGAGCUGAAACAAAAGUCUUUUCUUUUGUUAAGGAAAGUAGUUAUUUGGAAAAACAAACCGGUGCAAAGGCAUCAACAGUAAAUAAAAGAUAACAUGCUCCUUUAGAAGGAUUUUUCUCUCCAGCUCAUCCGUGUUAAAGUCCUCUCCUUCCUCUCCUGUGAGUCUUUAGCACGAUCUCCUAAUCUUUGAUAUAUCCGUCCAAGUUCAGCUGUGUUUGUUUUGAAGAGCGCUGAUAGUGUGGAGAUAACGUGACAGGUUUGUAUUGUGCGUGAAAAGAUGUUUCCUCUUUCUUUUGGCUUAUCACGGCACUCCAGAGAUAAAAGGAAAGGGCUCGAUGUGAAGGAUAAGAGGAGCAUGAAUGAGUGCAGCUGUAAAUCUGACUUUUAUUCUUUCUUUUGAAGGAGGUUUAGGAGCGAAGGGGGACGAAUCCUCAUAACUCAUCACAAGAUCAAACCUGGACCGUCCUCACGUGGCUGCACAUGUCAUGCUUUACGCUGUAGUUGAUUUUAGCAGGAAUGUGUCUCUAAUUAUGAUUUUUCUUCUCCUUUUCCGUGCAUCUGUGUGUGUUUUUGUGUGUGUGUUUUUAAGUGUGUGACGAAAGCCACCCAGGGAGAUCCGAAGGAUAACCUGCAGGGGGAAAAAAAAUUGGAAAAUCCUCGCCUUGUGUCAACGUGGUGGAGGAGGAAUCAUGGAGUGAAGACGUGCCUGCCUGCAUGUGAAGCUGUGCAUCAUAAACGUGUUAAAGUGAAAGGAAAUCAUGUCAGCGAUACUCACCUGGGCCUGUUUGCUCCUCUGGAUCAGCUCUGCCACGCAGGACAAAACUCCAGGUAAGGACACAAACACCUCUUUGUCCUGCAGCCCCAGCUGACCUGCAGGGAGACAUUCACAGGGAAUAAAAGACUGAGGGUUUUCUUUCAGAGCCUGAUACACAGACACAGUUUUAAAGAAAAAAAGAGGAAAUAAUCUGUGCAGAAAAGUUGCAAGAUUGUGGGAUUUUUCUCUUUUAAUGGACAAUCCUCCUUUAUUAGUCAGUCAGCUUAUUCAAAGGUUUCCUCUCGGUGCUGACGUAAGUGAUGGAAAAAUCCUCCGGCCACAGAAAGUGAAACAGCGGGGCUUAAAGGAAAAGUCUGUCUGGUUUCAUUUUAACACGUCUAACCAUCAUCGCUGAGAGUCAAGGUUAAGUUUGACUCAACCGCCUGAUUGCAAACAGCUGGAGACGAAAAGAACAGAGGAAACAUGUCCCUCUUUUUUUCUAUCCCAGAGAAAGAAGUUUUGGUUCCUGAACAUAACCAAACUGUGACACACUUUGGGUUUGGUUUAGACCACAAAGCUACUUGGACCGGCUGCCACGUGAGACACCAGAGUCCCUUCCACACAGAUAUGAAACUCUUGAAGGUUCCUCAACUUAUUCCAAGGGGAUUGACGACAAAUUUUGAUCAAGACUUUUCUGUCAGCCUGCAGGGAAAAUUCAAAAAAAAGUCCAGAUUUGUUUACAUGCAUUAACUCAGAAGCUAAUAGCCAAGAAGGAAACUUACUUUUAACCAAAUCACCACCUUUAAUGUUUGCACCACCAAAAUGAUGUGGUUAAGCUUCUUUCACCUGCUCCUCUGCUGUCUGCAUGUUGGAGCUUUGCAGGGCUACCUCACUGUACACUGAUCCAGACCAGGACUGUAUAUAAAGUGGACGCCAUCUGCCUCCUUGCCGGGUGAAGCCACCCUGAGAAGAGCACCCUCUGGUGAUGGGCUGCAGUAAAGGUCAUAAAUCCCGCCUCCUCCAGCAAUCCAUAUGGAGCUGUGGACAAACUAAAAAAAUUUAUUACACAGAAUAUAGUUUUUUCUCCCCCCUGGUUGUGAUGCUGACAUGUAGUUAUUGUAAGACUGGUUUGUGCUCAAGUCCUCUUUUUUCUGUGAAGCUCAGUUUUUAAAAGUUAUUAGGGGGCUCAUAUUUUGAUGAUUGACACUUGAUACAGCCUAUGGGCGUACGAAGAUUGUGUAGUCUGAGCCGAGCGUCUUCACGAUGCUACUGCCAAUGUUGGUUUCAUGAAGUACACAUAAAUCGUGGAAUUACCGAGAGCUUUCCGGCUUCAAAUCCGUAUACUGUAACCAAGUUGUCCGUAGUAUAUACAGUCUUUGGUCGCCACAUACCGCUGUUUGCAUUACAGGAUAUUCGCAACCUUACUUUUAAGUGAUUUGAGACUCAACCAGCAGCAGUGACAGGUGAAAUAUCACAGGUAGAUAUGACUCCCAGCUGGUCAAUUUAGUCCUUUUCUCUGCAGGGAAUCUUGUUGCAUGUCAUGAAAUAGGCCAACAUCCUUCAGAUCAACAGGGUGUGUGGCUGUUUGAACCUGUUUACAUAGACGCUAAACUUACUAUCAACAGGUUUCAUGACUCACAGAACUCAGGUGAGUCAUGUUUUGUUUCAACUUUAGGUUGAAGAUCAUGUUUUGAACUUCGGUAAAGCAUCAGUAAAUGGUAAGGUGACCAUACGUCCUCUUUUACCCGGGCUGGUCCUCUUUUUUGGGGGCUGUCCGGCCUUGUCUAGGGGGAGUUUAUAAAAUCCUUCAAAUGUCCGGGUUUUGUACGGAAGUUUUGAGCUUGUGUAGUGUGGACUAACUGAAUUAGAAUGGCACUCAACCCGACCUGAAAAACCCCUGUAGUAGUCCUCUUUUUGGGGAUUCAGAAUAUGGUCACCCUAUUGAAUGGCUGGUACAAAAAAUCCUUAAGGGCUCCAGAGCAAAUGGUUCUUGCAAGUCCAGGUACUGCAGUCAGAAAAGGAGGAAAGGUAGAACCCAAAUGUAGGGGGUGGAAAUCAGAAGAUUCAAUACAGUUCACAUUAACCUAAUAAAUGUGAGUACUCUGUGUUUGCUCUCUCACCUCAAAACUUUCUCACACAAAGCCACAUCACUCUCCGCCAGAAGCCGACUUCACCUGGCUGUCAGGCGGGUAAACGGCUCUGCUGAUUGGCUGCAGCGUGCAGGUGUGAGUCACCGAUCUGAGUCACGACUCUGUUGCUGUCAAAGCUUUGUAUCACCAGAAGAGCAGACACAGCUGUGAACAUGAGUAGGCAUAACACCGUCAGAGAGGAGGGAGGAGGUGCUGAAAGAAACACUCGGCUUAUAAAGUCACAUUUAAUCCCUCCAGUCAUUCAGCUGCUGUCAGGCCGGUAACUGUCAUCAAGUCUGACAGACGCACUGAUGUGAAUUAGCAGACACAGACAGGUACAAACAAGCGUGAUCUGACCCCCUCUGGUACAAAACCACUGAUUCUGGUUUGACUCAAUGUCCUGGGAAAACCCUGUCAGAGACGCGGCGUGAUGAGCAGGUUGUGAAGUUAUUCUGAAGAAGUGGUACAGGUAUGAGGAAUUCACAUCAGGCGCGUGUGAACACUUUGUGUGGUGUCGCCUGUGGGUUUAAAAAGACAUGUUGCACCCGGGUCAGGGUUUUCACAGGGGGGUUGUUUUCCUCUGAUGUUACACUCAGGAUGCUCAGAUGUUCAAAGCAGCAAAAAAGUUAAAGGGGAGUAAAGGGAAAAUGGCUCAUAUUUAAAACUACAGCAUGACAUAUUUGAUAACCAUUUAGCUUUGUAUUUAACUACUUCUGUCACAAAAACAUGUUGACUAACAUUACCGUAUUGACCAGAAUAUAAGAUAACUGAUUUUUGUCCCGCUCUUCAAACAGAUUUUUGAGAUAUCCCUUAAAAGACCUAACUUUUUUUUUUAAGUAGAAAGCAACUUAAAUUAAAAAUAACAAUUAAAUGGACAAAUUAAAGCACUUAAAUAUUGAUACACAGAGAGACUACAGACACUUAAAUAAACUGAAUCAGGCAGAUCUGUUCAAUAUUGUACAAUCUUUAGUAUUUCUUCUCUGAGAGCAGACUCUGACAAAUGUUUGAGGCCAUUAUUUCUUCUAACUGGAUCUCUCCAGAUCAGCUGAUCACUGAUACAGUCUCUGAUUGGUCAACACACCAAAACAAAGACGUCCAUCUGUGCUGUUUAGCCACUAUUAUUAACACAUGAAUCACAACAUAUUAUUUUUUGAGGGACUGGAUCUAGACAGUCUAAUAAAGUACAAACUUUCUCUGUGGGGUAAAGAAGCUCACGGAUGUCACAGAGACACUCAAGUAUAAAACAGACGGUCUCACAAAGUGAGUGGAUUUUACUGUUAGUCAGAUAUAUAUCACUGAAAAAAGUAGAAACCUGUUCUAUGAUCACGUUUAUGCAGUUUUUCUUAAAAAUACUGAUCCUCAUUUUUAAAAUAUGUCACCUCUGAAGAUUCACUUUUUUUAAAAUAGAAGAGUAGUUGGGGGAUUACACUUGGUCUAAACAUUUGCAAACCUAGAUUCCAUCUCAAAAAUUCUCUAACACGAGGACUUUUGCCUUGUCGGAAAAAUCUGCAUAUUUCUGCUGAAAGUAUGAAGGGCUCACCUUUAGUACAGAAUUUGACUUUCUGAACUUCUGUCUACGAUCUAUCAUCAUACAUCACUCUGACAAGAGGAUCCUUUUCUUCUCCAUCUACAAUGACAUCUCUGAAAGGGUGCAGUCAGAGGCUUUUUAACAGACUUACAACAAAACCACGAAGAAACCAGUUUUUCUAGAUGAAAAUCUGUCAUCCUGUCCAAACUGGCCCAGAUGAAAUCCCUUCACAAGCUUGUCCAAAGUUAGCAAAUGAUCUGGGUCUGUGCAAAAUGUCCUGUAGAAACUGCUUUCCUUCGACAGAAAAGGCCGCCUGGGUUUAAGGUUUGCUUGCAUCCAUAAUCCAUUGUCUGACUACACCUGUGAGAUUUAAAUAACCCGCAAAACAUCCCAAAACCACACUCCUCAGUGAUGAGGAUCAUAGUCGUAGCUUUAAAACCAAUAAAAUCUGUUUUAAGUGCUCCCUCUCCUCACUUAAUAAUUUAACUCAUACCUGCAAUCAAGAGCUGGGUCGUGGAUUCAAUCAUCCAAAUUAAGUUUCUUUCAUGGUUUGGUUUUGCCUUUCCUGAAAGAUGGUUUAAGUCACUGAUUUGCCAAAAAGAGAUGCUGCCUCUUUACUUUAAAAAACAAGUUAGGUUUGGUGGUUCAUGCAUCUAGUCUAGUCACCUUCAAGUUGCCUUUAUUUGGGCCUUGGAUUCUCCGAAACCCUUGAAAGAUACAGUCAAUAUCAGAGGGAUUACAUUUCUCACUGAGCAAGGAUCUUCAUUAUCAGAGAGAUGUUUGGGCUGACUUGUAAGGCCUUCAAUAAACUAGAAGAUUCUCAAAAAUGGGUCAGAAACUCUUGGAGACUCAGGAUUUUGCAAAGACGGGAUCACAAACUGCAGGAACAAAAACUUUACAUUUUCAUGGCUGCAGCAGUUUUGAUCCACUACGGCGCAGAACUUUGUCAAAGAGACAUAUCUGCUCUUUCCACAACUUCACCAGUCACUCCUCUUUCACCAAAGUCCAAGAAAUCAUCUUGUUCUUUCCCCUUCCAUCAUGUUUGUUUGGCCUCCUGGUUGGUGUUGGUGAGCUCGAUGAAACAGGAUAUUUGACCUUCAGGAGAAUCACUGGGUUUAAUGCUGAAAGUGAAAUAAAGGAAGUCAGAAAGUAGAGAUGAUUUGACCUGAUUCUGAGGGACAGUAUAACACCGUAUAUUCCUGAGUCAUCUUUCCCUUUUAGCCAGCCUGCUGAAGCCACCGUGUUAUUAUUCUGCAGUCAUGAAUGUCUGAAAACACAUAAUGACACAGUUAUGACUUCAUGAUUAUCUGCUUUAUAUCAGCCUGGUCGAUCGCUCUCUUAAAAACAAAGAUCAUGAGGCGUGUCAUAACUAAGUUUUUCCUCACUUGUGUUUCCCAAGACUGAGUAUUAGUUUCCUGUUAUCUGUGAUUCACCGUUAAAGUUACACCUCCACCCUUCAUGUGAGGCAAUAAAGGAAAGUCGAUCAGACAUGUGUGACCUUUAAACACUAACUUUGGGAUCCCCCCCUAGCCAGCACCCUUAUUUUGAAAUUCCAUUACAGCAUCAUUUCCUCAUCAGACUUUCACGAUUAAAUCUUGUGUUUUUUCCUGUUAGGUUUGGUGAUCUGAAACUGUCACUAACCCUGAGACAGUUUGUGAAAUUGAAACUUCAAUAGCAGAGUUUCCUUACUUGUUAAAGAGUAAUCUGAACCAACAAAACCUCACUGAGGUUUCCAGUUAUCAGCAAAAGUCAGAACUGAUAAACUGUUCCUUCAACUCAGAAGUCUAGACUCGUGAAAUAGGACUAAACUGUGGUAACUUCCUGUUUGAGAACCAGCUAAGGUGCUUUUAUUUUAUCUUCCUGAUCUUUAUGAUCAACAUAUUUCAGUCCAGAAACAAUGCCUGGUUGGUUCUGCAGUUUCUAAACAUGUUAGCGCAACUGAAAUUAAGUAAAGUUGUCUAACUUCCAUGUGGUCUUAUUUCGACUCUCCUUGUCCUGUUUCAGAUGUCACAUUGACGUGCUUCAUCUCCGAGGAGUGUGUCCUCCCCUGCAGCUUCGAACCAGCCAGCGGGGAGACCAUCAAAUGGUCCAAACAAGACCUGGUGGUUUACAAGUUUGAGCGAGAUGAUGAGGAUGACGAUGAUGAUGAUGAAGGAGGAGGAGAGGAACACUAUGAGCAGGAGCAGCUGGCGGGACGUGCUUCUGUUUUCCCUCACCUGAUAUCCCGGGGGAACGCCACGCUCAUACUGAGGAGGACGAACCCCAAAGACAGGGGGACGUACAGGUGUCAUGUUCACACCUCGAAGGGAGACCACAAUGCAAAGGUCAUCGUUAAAGUGGAAGGUGAGGUUUAAUGAUAGGGAGGUCUUAUGGUGUGUUAUACAGUUUAAAUCAACUCUGCUGAGGUCGUACGGGUGAUUCUGGAUUAAAUCAGUCUGAUGAGAACAAAGCAGAAACAUUACAGAUGAUUUAGGAGAAAAAACAGAAACAGGAUUAACCCUCCUCCUGUGUUAGGGUCUGCGCCGACCUGUUUUUUUGUUUUUAAAUCUUAAAAGAACCACUUAAAAAAGUUUUUUUGCAUGAAGACUUUUUGACUUUUUGACCUCUAUUUCAACAAAAUAAAAUUAAAAAACAAAAUUAAAUUGACUAAAUUAUAAAAUGCUCUUAUUAAAAUGAUGGCACUUGUCGUGUAAGGGUCACUGUUGACCCGGUUAGAUCGAUAUCUAAUAAUCAGAGCAAAAACUGAAAUCAUAAGUGAACAAUCAGGCACCAUGCUGACAGGCAGAUCCCCUCCAAUCAUGUGAGAUUUAGGAAAUUCUUAUUUUGCCAUGUAUUUCCCUGCACAAAAAACAACAUCGAGCAUGUCCAGACAUGCAAAUCCAGUCCUGCAAAAAGCUCCAACUGAACCCUCCAUAUUUAUCCCUAAUAUGUAAAACUCUCAUUAUAGAACCAAAACAUAUCAGACAUAGAAAACAAACACGAAUUACAAACGAACGAUUGGCUUAACGAAGAUCUAAGACUUUACAGCUUUGCCAUCAUUUUCACUGCACUAUAAUAAAGGUUAAUAGAAAAAAUAGAGGCGUCUUGGAUAACGUCAGACAUGUAUAUACUCUCAAAGAGGAAAGCAUGUUGCUAGCGUGCAGAAAAGACGCGUAGAUGUUCACCAAUCAAGGCUAACAAUUUGAUCUUUGCUGCUAAAUUAAUCUCUUCAGGUUUUCUUUGAUGUUUCUCAUCUCUCAGAUUUUUAGUAAUUGGUUCAAGAGUCUUAACUUUGAUUUUCAUACAUUUGAAGUGUCUUCAUCCAUACCCUAAAGGUUUUGUGUUUGCAUAGUGUUGUGUGCUGAUUAAUGAUUGUGUAACAGAGCUCUUGUGUUAUCUACAUGAAAAUGACAUGACCCUCUGCAGGGCUAAAUCUGGAUCUGGCAUUUCGAGUCUAUCAUCAGGGGCUUCUGGGAAACAUUUGAGCAUACUGUGAGUGUCUUUGUCUGUGUGUGUGUGUGUUUGUGUGUGUUUGUGUGUGUAGCACCCAUCCGAGCCCUGUCUCUGGAGCUGACGAGGCUGAGCGGCUACGAGGAGAUGAAGUGCACGGCCCGUAAUGUCUUCCCGGCUCCCCGUGUGACCUGGGCGACUGAACCGCCCACUUUCGAGGACCUGCGACCGGUCACACGGAUCCAGGCGGACAAACAGGGCCUGUACAUGGUGGACAGUCGGCUCAGGAGGUUAGAAGGACAACCUGACCUCAUCUACAUCUGUAGAGUCACCACUUCAUACGGUGGUCCAGUCUGGACCGCUUCACUCAGGGAAAGAGGUACGAGACACAACGUGGUCCUUUUGGUGGAAACACAAGUUUAAAAUCAGUCAAGUUUGGGAUCCCUGUCCCAUCUACUCCCUUCCAGCAGCCGUUUGUUUGUAGCGCCAGUCCAUUACGGACUACAGCGGGGUGACGCAGCUCAAGGAAGAACAUUUAUGAUCUGUGUCACCCCGCUGUAGUCCGUAAUGGACUGGCCCGAGGUCUUGCUACAAACAAGCGGCUGCUGGAAGGGAGUAGGUGAGUUGUGUUAAGUCUCUUUGUUAAAGAAAUUAGGCAAAGUUAAAAAGAUGUUUGGUGGCUAGUACUGUGGCCAAAACCCUAUAUGUACGUGUUGACCUUAAAUUAAUUUUACGCUGGAAUAUCCCUUUAAUAGCUGUCAAGUUUGGGGUCCUUGUUAAGCAUCGUCCUCUUUGCUCUUUUCUAGAAAUCAGAGGGAGUCAAGGGAGAGACAUAACCAUCCCCUGCUUCGCCCCUCCUUACCUGAACAACCCCUACCUCCACUGGACCUUCUCCAACAGCGAGGACCCCUUACACAUCCUACAGUACGACAGCUACGCCGGUAACAGCAUCACUUCGCCGCCUUGGGAUAAUCACGUGGAGCUGAUCGGGAUGGUCGUGUUCGGUGACGGGUCUCUGCGCCUGAUGGACCCCAAACACUCUGAGCACACGGGCAGCUACACCUGUUCGUUCUCCGUGCCGUACAACACUCACACCGAACGCACCGAGGUCACGAUUGAAGCGCCUAUCGGUGAGAUCACAAGAACAGACAUGGAGGUUAAAACAUGGUCUGUGGGGGUUCGGUACUGGGACGACUUAAGAAGGUUUUAGAGACCGAGACAACAGAGAAAAAAAGGUUCCCAGAAUGAACCCAGAAGAGACGUGUUAAAAUAAGUACAUUGUAAAAGAUUAGUGUUAUUGUGUUUUAACUGGUUUGCAUCUGUCCUCGUGUGCAGCUGGUCGGAGCAGCUCUAAGAAGGCGUCUCACUGGUGGAUCUUCGGUCUGGUCAUCGCAGGGCUGGUCCUGACUCUGGUGGGUGUUCUGGCCUACAAGAAGCUGAAAGGUAAAGACAGAUUCAGGAAGCUGUGGACAUUUACCGAUAAAGAGAAGACAGCUUGACUGGACUGAAACAAGACACAAGAGUUUAGAGAAAAUCUGUUUAUUCAGAUCACUGGGAGAGGAGAGAAGCUCUUUGGUAUAUUCUAAAUGUUUUACUUUUUCUGUUUACCGACUGAAUUUGAGUCAAAAUGUGAAACUAACUGCUUUAAAAAAUCCUGAAAGCACAUGAUAGCUUAUUUUAGCACAGCAGAUCUGUGACAGUUUGUUCUUACCGAAGUUUGGUCAGACUCUGGAGCGUUCAGAGGCACUUUUAAAAAAGAUUUUAAAGAUUUAAAUACAUUACUUGAUAGCAGAUAUUGACUACAUUCAAAUUGAGGGAAAAAAGCAUGUAAUUCAGCAAAUAAGUUACCAUAUUAAAUAUUUCUGAAAGCAGAAAAACUUUGCAGUUCGAGACAAUUAGAGAACUUGACUCAUUUAUUCUAAAACUUUAUGAGACUGCAAAUUUAUAUAAUUUAUAUAUAUAGAACUAACUUAAGUGUAAAGUUAAAAAGCUAUUUUAAAAGCCUAAUUUCAACUUCCUAACAAUGCAAAAUCAAAUCGACUUGCUGUUCAUUUAAAGAGUGGCAGCGUGUUCAUGGUUGUGCGCCCUCCUAAAGGCACAAUGUGCAACUUUUAUUAAUAUUUACUGAAAGAUUCAAAUUUUCUGUGAAACUGCGACACAAACCGAAAAACUUAAACAAAAGCAACAAUAAAAACACAAAAUCAAAUAAAGAAUAUAUGGGACGCUGAAGUUUUUGCAGAAGGAAAAAACAGCUGAGGUCGGGCAAUGCUUCUAAAUAACCAGAAGGGGGCAGUAUAAAACUGUAUAAAAAACAGUAUCAAAAUUUGACAAGAGUACGAAUAGCAGGCGGAAUUGAACUAUUUUAAAAAAUGAGAAAGGUGUUUUAUGUUGUAGAAACAUUGAAACAACAAGCAGAUAAUAACUUUUAAAAGAAACUGUAUGAUGAUUUUAUUUUUUAGUUAGUUGGAAAAUCUUAACUUCUGGAGCGUCUUUCACAUGUCUGUUCACAUGUCAUCUCACAGAUGCUUGUCUCUCAUUCACUGAAUGUUACCGUGUCUGUCUCUCUGUUGUAAGAAUUAAAUAAACAUCACUGAUUUCCUGAUGUUGCCGACACUGAAAGUACAUCUGCACAAACACAAUGAGUGCUUUCAUAACAAAAGGUGGACAGUCAGACAAUAGAGGAACAGAAAUCUAAACAUUUAAUCCACAUCAAUAAUCCCAGUUAUUAAUCACACCUGUCAUAUCGCACCCAAACCUGUCCCACAACAUGCGAUCAAUUGUAUCCGGGUCAUGGCAGAUGACAGUUUUGGAAACUCAGACUCUCUUUAGGUUUGGUUUUUAAGAUGUUUACGCUGUUAGAUUUUCACUGCUGUCUUCAUUCAUUCAGUGUGACUUCUCUCUGUCUCCAGGAAGAAACUCGAAACCCAGAAACGACCCUGAAGAGGUGACAGAGCUCCACUCAGUCAAAGGUCAGUGAUGAGAAUUUCAGAGUAUGCCCCACACACACACACACUUCCUUGUGGUUCUAUAAGCCAACACUAGGUGGAGCUAGAGAUCAAAUCUUUACCAGUUUUUGAAGGGAGAUUUCCUCUCCAUCUGUUAUGGAAUGUGAUAAAACAUUUCUUUGUGGUUACUCAAUAUUUGCUUUAUUCUUUCUCCUGUUUUAUACAUCACAGAUUAUUAUUUCUGAAUCAACAACAUCUUUGAAAACCUCCAAAAGUGGCCUGUUUAUGAUGAAUUGUUUUUCUACUUUAUUUCCUGGUCUUGAUAAUAAUUAAUUUAAUUGCUCCUGUCAUGCAAAGAUGCAGUCCAAAGUGCUUCAAUAAACCAAACACUGAAUAAAAGUCAGAACCAUUUUCUGUUUGUUUCAGAUCCGACGGCCGACAGUAACCUGAACGACAGCAGCCCUCUCACUGCAGGCGGCACCAACGGACAAACGGGCCCGCAGACCGGCGCCCAGUUAACCUGAGGACGUCUAAAACCAACAACACAAAAUCACACUUAGAUACAGACCAAUGAAGAGUUUACAGUUUUAAAUCUCUAAGAGCAUUUUUCUUUCCAGUUACUUCACAAACACUUCAAACUUACUUCACCAGACAAAAAACAAACAAAUGCUCUAAAUGUCUUCAUGGAGGGUUUUCUGCUGAUAUUUAAGACUGACUUCUUUGAGUUUUUAUGCCUUUAUUGAGAGGACAGAGUCAGAAACCUGCACACAAGAGUGUGAAACGACACGAGGCAAAGGGCCAGCUGGAACCAUGGUCUCUGCCUACAUGAGAUCGCUGCCAGGACAAACCAGCCCUCCAAGAAACUCUUUUACAGAGAUUAGAUUUCACUGAUGCUUGAAAAGAAGGGGAGGAAGAAACCGUGAAAGGAGCUCAGGAGGAUCUUUACCCGCCGAGUGACAAAAGGAACAAGGUCUGAAUUCAGCUCCCUGACCUGGGAACGGAGGGAACUAACUCGGCAGAGGGGAGUCUGGUGUUCAGCUCUACGUCACAGACAUAUUUAAAGUUGUUAGAGAUGCUAAUAGGACAUAAAAACCCCUGGAGACUCUCUCUUAUCACCAUCAUCCUCGCUGCUGCACACCCUCGACUAAAAAUGUGAUGGCACUUUGGAAAACUCUAUUUAUGAAACACAAUUUUUAACAUGCAAAACACACCAAAACAAUGCACCAAGCUUACAACACUGAUUCAUCUGCAUGAGGGAUGCUGGUCCGCACCUAUUAGUCCUACUGGUCAACUAAUUAUUUCUAUUUCUAUAACUACAGGCUGAAAAUACUGGUCAUCUGUGGUGUACAAACCCAACUCUAGCUGGGGCUGCUGCUUUAAUGUGAUAAUGCUAGACCCUGAUAUAAACAAGCACAGAUGAUGGAUGAAAUCUUCUCGUGUGGCUGAAUUUGUGAGUCUCUUUGUCUAGAAAUUGGAGGUUAAGUUGUACGUAGGUUGUCCAGUUUAUAACGACUUAGCCAGAGCGAUGCCUCACCAACACAGGAACGUGGGUGCAAACUUGCAGAGGACCAAAAGCUGGUGGUGCUAGCUCUACUAGCUUCAGCCACAUUCAGCAGCAAACCAUUUCAUAUUGAUUACCCGCAAACUCUGAUAUUGUGUUAAGCCUCGUUUGAUCAUUUGCUCUCAAUUCUGAGGUCAUUAAAGUCCCACUCCGAUUAAUUAUGAUUAUGAAGUCUUUAGCCAAAAUUACAUUAUCUGUGUUUUCUUCUUCUGCAGAGUUCGAGUAGCUCAUUAGCAAUUCGCCUCUGAGUCGUGGGCGGAGACAGCGCUGCUCUGCACACUUCUCCUCGAGCUAGCUUGCAGUCUAACACACACGCUUGUUCUGCGAUCUUCCUCUCGAUAGCGGGGCUCUGGGGGCGGAGCUUGGAUUGAUUACGUAGGAAAUCUGACUGUGUCUGAACCUGCCGUUUGGGUAUGCCAGAGAUUCACACGAUUUGAAUGCAGAAAUACUCAGAUGCAAUUUUACACUUAAUUUUCUCAUGAUAUGUCCUCUAGUAUCAGAAAAAUGCCAUAUGAACAUAUAAAAAACAAGAAAAACAGGAUUUUCAUCAGAGUGGGUCUUUAAGUUAUAAUUUACACUAACAUUUUUAAAAACAGAAAGCUAAUUAGCUCAGAACACCCCCUGUCAGUCAAAGUUGUUGCCAUGGCUAAAGCUGUUUUAACCAAUAGAGAAAGAUCACUGAUGCACUGGAAGUCAGAGUUUAGUCUUAAUUUGUCUGUCAGCUCGCGGCUGUGGGUCAUUGAGCUCGGUUCUACAUACUGCAGCAUAACCUCAGGUAUGUUAGCUCAAGCGCCAAAUCUCACACUUCAAGAGUCUAUUUCCAGUCAAUCACAGUGGGGAUACCAACAUGCAAAGCCAUAUUAAAGCAAACACACACACAAAGCGAGUACAGCCUGGAACUCUAAGUGCACCAUGUACCAGUAAAGUUGAAGUGUCCCUGUUUGGAGGGUUUAAAGUAGGAUCAGCCUGCAGAGGGGUGGAGUCAGAAUGGUGACAUUAAAAGUGAACUGCAACACCUUUUUUUAACACCGCCUGUUGGACAAUAUUAACUUAAGUCUCAUAUGUCUCUGUUGAUAAAUGAUGCAAAUGUGUGCAACAAAGACACUUGGAUUACCGUCACGCUGCAAGUUUCUAACAAGUCUUGUAUUGAAGGAGCACUGGACAUCACAAGGACGAGUGGAUAACAGUUCAUUGUUUAAAGUUUUCUGUUCUCGACUCUCAAGGUUCUUCAGCUGUUGUGGAUGAAAACAAGGAGGAGGAAAACUAAAGCUCCUGUUUGUGACCCUGAAGUGUAUCAGUCCUUGUCUCUCUUUAAAGACUUACCACGAGGUCAAGCUCCUGCUGGACUUUAUAACCUGUCUGGAUUAUGAAAAGAGAACGAGACUGUGAAUCACUGAUGUGACCGACUUUCUUCUGAUGUGGUGGUCAAUAUUUAACUCAGCUGCCAAUAAAUGUGUAAUUGGCAGAUUAGUUUCUGCACCUCUUUGCACUGUCACACUCGGCUGUCAUGUUCCCUGGAUUAAACUUUACCUCUGAG